CUUGGGGAGAUGUUCGGAGUCAGUGGAGCUCGGCGGCAGCAGCAUCGUGUCCUCCGCGUGCACGCGUCCACGCGCAGCUCUCCGCACGUCUUCAUAAACGUCCGCUUGUUUAUUUUUUUGGGCUUGUUUGUUUGUUUUGUUUGUUUGCGCGCGCAGCAGACCGAGGACAACACUUGCUUUGGACUUGACGACAGAGAACGGAAUAUGAUUUGAAAGCGACCAACAGGAUGAAUCGGCGCCUCCUGCAAACGCUUGCGCUGCUGUGGUCCCUGGGCGUGUCCCGCGUGCACGCCCAGUGCAACAAGUCCUCCGAGGGCUCCAAAGUCAACCUGUCCGUCAACCACCAGCUCCCCACCUUCACCGCCGACUUCCCCGUGCAGAACAUGGUGGUGCUGGACGGCGUGGUCUACGUGGGAGCGGUGAACAGGAUCUACGCCCUGAGCCCCGACCUGGCCCGGCUGUCCGAGUACCGCACGGGCCCCCUGCUGGCCAACGAGACCUGCGGCCGGGGCGCCGGCGGCGCCGGCCGGGUGGACAACCGCAACCUGGCCCUGGUGGUGGAGAACAUGUACGACAAAGGUUUGUACAGCUGCGGCUCGGCCGACAACGGCGUCUGCCGCCGCCACGUCCUGGACGAUGACACCGGCCCCAAGACCGUGGACCAGGACGUGUACUGCUUUGCGGAGAAGGUUGGGCCGGGGGCGGGUCGAGCCGCCGACCCCGACGUGGUGGUCGGCCCGUCGGGCUCCCAGGUGCUCAACGUGGAGAGCAACGUCAUCAAGUUCUUUGUGGGCAACUCGGAGAUCCCGGGCUCGGGAGCCGGGCUCGGGAGCCGUCCUCACACCUUCUCCCUGAGGAAGAUGAAGACCAGCCAGAACGGCUUCACCUUCUUCUCCAACCUAACCCACAUGGACCUGAUCCCGUCCCUGCGCGGGAACUACCACCUGCGCUACGUCUACUCCUUCCACAGCGGACCCUUCGCCUAUUUCCUGACCGUGCAGCAGGUCAGCGAGGACUCGCGCGCCUUCCACACCCGCAUCGCGCGCACCUGCUCCUCCGACAUCGUCAUCCGCCGCUACGUGGAGAUGCCGCUGGAGUGCAUCAGCACUCACAAGCGGCGCCGGCGGCGCUCGGCGGAGGACGUGAAGGUCUUCAACCUGCUGCAGGCGGCGCACGUGGCCAAGGCGGGCGACGACGUGGAGCUCCAGAAGCAGCUGAAGGUGGAGGAGGGCGACGACGUGCUCUUCGCCGCCUUCGCCCGCGGCAAGCCCGACUCCGGCGAGCCCGCCGCCGACUCGGCGGUGUGCGUGAUGAGCGUCAAGCACCUGAACAGCAUGCUGAAGAUGUACAUGGACAAGUGCAACACGGUGGAGCUGCACCACUUCACCGGCUCGCGCCAGCGCUCCUGCUACAACGUGAGCUCGUCAGACGACUGCGACCCGCACGAGGGCAUCCAUGAGGGCAAGGAGGGCAAGUACCGUCUGCAGGUGACACAGUUCGUGCAGAGGUUGGAGUACUGGCACAAACAUCUCACCAACACCUUGGUCACCUCCAUCAACGUGGUGCCCGUACACGGACGUGCCGUCGCCUUCCUGGGCACCGCAGACGGACGCCUCCUUCAGGUGCGCUUCUCCCGGUCGGCGUCCCCGCACGUCAACCUGCGCUUGGACUGGCGUCCCGUCACGUCCACGGUGGUGCUGCCGGCUGGCGAGGCGGAUGGCUCGGGCGGAGCUCUGCUAUUGGCUACUGGCAACAAGAUCACCAAGGUGCCUCUGAUUGGCCCCGGCUGCAGUCAGCUGACCUCCUGCACUUCCUGCCUGCUGUCGUCGCGGGUGACCGAGUGCGGCUGGUGCGACGGCCGCUGCACCCGAGCAGGGCAGUGCCCCGCCUCCUCGGGGUGGACGCAGGACUUCUGCACGCCUGCUGUCACCAAGGUGUCUCCAUCCUCAGGGCCGAUCCGAGGUUCCACGGUGGUGACCAUCUGUGGGCACAACUUUGGCUUCGACAAGACUGAGAACUUCAAGGCGUCGCUGGUGAGCGUGGAGGUGGCUGGUGUCCCCUGCAAGCUGGCCAGACAGGACUAUCUCAACAGGUGGUCUGAGAUCCAGUGUUCCCCCGUCUUUAACGCCAACUUCACCUCAGCAUCACACACCGUUAAGGUCACCAGUGGCCACGAGGUUGCACACUUGGAAGGAUUCACAUUUGUGGACCCUGUGAUCCACAAGAUCUUCCCGACGUUUGGACCCAAGUCUGGAGGAAGCAUGCUGACCAUCACAGGAAACUUCUUGGACUCUGGAAACAAACAGGAAGUGACUGUGGGCAAGUCCACCUGUAAAAUACAAAGCUUGUCGUCCAGCAUGUUGACGUGUAAGACGCCCCCCCACGCCGUGCCCUCCCAGCAGCCGGUCCAGCUGACCGUGGACUCUGUGGAGCGCCUUGCCCCCCUGCUGUUCACCUACGAGCAGGACCCCAUCAUCAACAGCAUCAGACCUUCACGCUCCUUCAUCAGCGGCGGCUGCACGCUGUCGGCUCACGGCUUCUUCCUGCAGUCGGGCCUGCAGCCUCAGAUGGUGGUCACCACGGGCCAGGAUGCCGUGGUCUUCCACGUGAGUUGCGUGUACGGGGAGAACCGCACCACCAUCCAGUGCACCACGCCCUCUCUGGCCAAGCUGGGCCUGCCGCCGCCCGUGGUCACCAAAGUGGCCUUCAUCCUAGACGGCUACUCCACGGACCAGUGGGACCUGAUCUACGUGGAGGACCCCCUCUUCCAGGACCCCAAGUUGACCUCCAAGGACAACAAGAGCAUUGUGGAGCUCAAGGGCGACCGCAUGGACCGAGAGGCCAUGAAGUGUCAGGUGAUGACCGUGUCCAAUCACAGCUGUGAGACGCUCACCGUGCUGGGGAACACGCUGGAGUGCACCGUGCCCAACGAGCUGCAGGCUGCCAGCGCCAAGGGGCUGCAGGUGGAGUGGCGCCAGGCGGACUCCAUCCGGCACCUGGGCAAGGUGACCCUGGCCCAGGAGCAGGACUACACGGGUCUGAUCGCGGGCUGCGUGCCGGUCAGCCUGCUGCUGCUGCUCCUCGCCACGCUGCUCCUGUGGAGGCGGAGCAAGCGCAUCGACGAUCUGUCCCAGGUGUGGUAUGACGGCCGGGCUGACAUCCAGCACCUGGACCGGCUGGCCAACGCCAGGAGCGUCAGUCCCACCAACGAAAUGGUGUCGCAUGAGUCCCUGGACUACAGGACCACACUACUGGAGGAUCAAAGCACAGGCCGACCUGAGACGUGCCGUGCGGUCCCUCCCAUGUACAGCAGGGGCGCCAGAGAGCUGCUGUCGCCCCAGCCGGGCGUGUUGUCCCGCAGGGUGGCCAUGGAGGUAGAGCUGGUGUCGCCCCUGCUGAUGGCGCCGGUCCACAUCGACCUGUCCGGUCUGCAUCCCGACCUGCUGACUCAGGUCCAGCACGUGGUCAUCGCCAGGGAGCGCCUGCUGCUGCACCUGCACCAGGUCAUCGGGAGAGGACAUUUUGGAUGUGUCUUCCAUGGAAGUUUACUGGAGUCAGAAGGAAAACAUCAACACUGUGCCAUCAAGUCUCUCAACCGCAUCACGGACUUGGAGGAGGUCACCCAGUUCCUGAAGGAAGGCAUCAUCAUGAAGGACUUCAGUCACCCCAACGUGUUGUCCCUGCUGGGCAUCUGCCUGCCGCCCCAGGGCUCGCCUCUCAUGGUGCUGCCCUACAUGAAGCAUGGAGACCUGCGCAACUUCAUCCGGGACGAAAGCCACAACCCCACGGUCAAGGACCUGAUGGGCUUCGGACUUCAGGUGGCCAGAGGGAUGGAGUACUUGGCCAGCAAGAAGUUUGUUCACAGGGACCUGGCGGCCAGGAACUGCAUGCUGGACGAGAGCUACACGGUGAAGGUGGCCGACUUCGGUCUGGCGCGAGACGUGUACGACAAAGAGUACUACAGCGUCCACAACAAGAGCGGCGUCAAGCUUCCUGUCAAGUGGAUGGCGCUAGAGAGUCUGCAGACCCACAAGUUCACCAGCAAGUCUGACGUGUGGUCGUUUGGCGUGUUGCUGUGGGAGCUGAUGACGCGUGGAGCGCCGCCCUACUCAGACGUGAACUCCUUCGACAUCACAGUGUUCCUCCUGCAGGGCCGCAGGUUGCUCCAGCCAGAGUUCUGUCCUGAUGCUCUGUACGCGCUGAUGGUGGACUGCUGGCACCCCAAGUCGGAGCACCGGCCGUCCUUCUCGGAGUUGGCGUCUCGCAUCGCCGCCAUCUUCUCGGGCUUCAGCGGCGAGCACUACGUGUUGCUCAACACCACCUACGUCAACAUCGACAAGAUCAGCCCCUACCCCCCCCUGCUCGCCACUGACCCCGCCCCCUCGUCCCCACAGCCCCUCCCCUGUCGCCAGGAGGAGCGAGACUCUUGCGCCUGAUUGGGCGGGAACUACUGAGGGUCCAAACACUGGACGGUCCACAUGUACAUAGUCCAAACACUUCCUGUCUGAGCCGCCAUGUUGCGUAACCACACCCUGAAGCCACGCCCACCACGAUGUCGCCGCCCGCAGGCCGUUCAUGGCGGUGCACGUGACCCUCCAUGAACGACCCAGACUUUGGGUUAAUGUGUUCUUUUCACCAGAAAAACACCACAAUGCUCAAAUGAUUCUUCCAUCUCUUCCACUUAUCCGAGACGUGUCGCAGCAGCCCAAGCAGAGGAGGCAGACUUCCAUUGACUCACAACUGCUCAACACAACUGCUUUGGACACACAAUGUGAAAUAAUACACUGAAGUGUGUACUCGCCACGUGCACAAAGAAAUGAACACAACUUUUACACACUUUGACACAACUUUAACACACUUUGACACAACUUUAACACUUUGACACAACUUUAACACACUUUGACACAACUGUAACACUUUGACACAACUUUAACACACUUUGACACAACUUUUACACACUUUGACACAACUUUAACACACUUUGACACAACUUUAACACUUUGACACAACUUUAACACACUUUGACACAACCUUUACACAACUUUAACAAACUUUCACACAACUUUAACACUUUGACACAACUUUAAAACAGUGACACAACUUUCACACAAAUUUAACACACUUUGACACAACUUUGACAUAACUUUUACCCACUUUGAAACAACUUUUACACACUUUGACACAACUUUGACAUAACUUUUACCCACUUUGAAACAACUUUUACACACUUUGACACAACUUUUACACAUUUUGACAC